AUGACUCAAGGCCCUGGCCCCUAUCGCAUCGGUGUCGAUGUGGGUGGCACCAACACGGACGCGGCCAUCAUUGACAUCGCUGGCACUGACUCGGAAUCUCGGGGCGUAUGUGCCUCUAGCAAAACCCCGACUACAGCAGACGUAACCUCGGGCAUUCACACCGUUAUCGAAAAUGUCCUGUCCAAAUCCGCAGUGGACCGUAAAGAGGUUCUCAGUGUCGCAAUUGGGACAACUCAUUUUGUCAAUGCGGUAGUUGAGGCUGAUGGACGGCGCUUGAGCAAAGUGGCCGUUGUCCGCCUGUGUGGGCCGUUCACGACGCAGGUUCCUCCAUUCUCGGAUUUCCCACUCGCACUGAAAGAGAUUAUGAAAGGGCCGGUGUUUUAUCUACAUGGAGGUGAAGAGCACAACACAAAAUUCCACGCUACAGCAUCGUUGUUGACAGUCAAAGCCACCGUGAAGAGCAUCCAAGAAGCGGGUGUGACGGCUGUGGCCGUCGUGGGAGUCUUCUCUCCCCUGGAUCACCGAGGACUUCACGAAGAGACCUGCAAAAGGCUCAUGCAGGAGCAAGACUCAUCCUUGUCGGUGGUGUGCUCUCAUACAAUUGGUGGCGUGGGAUUACUCGAGCGCGAGAACGCAACGAUUCUCAACGCAUCAAUCUUGACCCUGGCACGGCGCACCGUUCGUGCCUUCUGUGAAGCAAUGGUUAAGCUUCAGUUGAAUUGUCCCCUUUAUCUGACGCAGAACGACGGGACACUCACGGAUGCUGCGACCGCAGCCGAGCUGCCUAUCAAGACCUUUGCGUCUGGUCCAACGAAUAGUAUGACAGGCGCGGCGUACCUAGCAUCACUCGAUCGCGGCAUAGCUAAUGCAAGAUCGGAGACGCAGGUACUGGUCAUCGAUGUUGGCGGUACCACGAGCGAUGUCUGUGCCUUGUUCCCAUCGGGGUUCCCCCGACAGGCGCCCAAUUUUGUGGAAGUUGGUGGCGUGCGGACGGCCUUCUCAAUGCCGGAGGUACUAUCUGUGGGCCUUGGCGGAGGGAGUCACGUCUUCUAUGACUCCGACACAGACCGCGUGCAAGUUGGUCCCGAGUCCGUUGGCCAUUAUCUGACUAGCAAGGCCCUCGUCUUCGGCGGCGAGAUCAUGACAACAACCGAUAUCGUGGUAGCCUCUGGAAAGGCAGAGAUCGGAGACGUCUCCAAAGCUCAUGGGAUUCCAUCACAGGUAGUCGCAAAGGCUCGUGCUCAAAUAAAGAGGAUUCUUGAGCGGGCCGUGGAAGAUAUGAAAGUUUCUGACUUGCCCGUUACACUAUUGUUAGUUGGUGGCGGAUCGAUCGUCCAGAUGGACGACCUAGAAGGCGUUGCGGAAUGUAUCAUCCCGCCACGCCAUGACUCCGCAAACGCUGUCGGCGCGGCUAUCGCAAAGGUCGCAGGUGAGGUUGAUAUCAUCGAGAUUCUAGCGGAUCGUGAUGAGAAGGCCGUGCUUGAAGAGGCGAAGCAUCAAGCCAUCGAAGCCGCCGUUUCUCGCGGCGCGGACAGAGACAGUAUCAAAAUCGUGGCUAUUGAUAAGCUGCCUCUGCAAUAUGUCACUAACAAAGCCACCCGAUUGGUCCUCAAGGCCGUUGGCACGCUGGCCCUACCAGGGCCUAAUGUGCCGGCUGUGAACGGAGCGCACAUGAGUGGUACUACUGUCCACGGUAUCAACGGAGAUGCGGAGCGCGAAGCUGAAAAGAAGUUCAGGCAGAAGGUUGAAGUCGAGACUCUUGCGUCUUCUGUUAAAUUCUCCGCGUUCAUGGACAUUGACGCCUAUCGACCGGAUGUUCGUGACCAUGUGUGGUAUAUCGCACCUGUCGAUCUUGAGUUUAUCGCGACAGGCACCGGUGUCUUGGGCACUGGCGGAGGUGGACCUUCAUAUUUGCAGUACCUGCAAUGCCUAGAGAGCCUCCGCAAUUCAAAAGGUAAAGGCACGAUGAGGGUUGUCGCCCCAGAGAGCCUCCAAGAUGCCGAUGUUUGUGUGUUUGGAUCGUGGUAUGGAGCUCCUAGUGUCUCGGGCGAGAGAAUGCCGGCCGGUACGGAGAUUCUGACUGCAGUCGACUAUUCCGUGAAGCUUUCCGGAUACACCCACUUUGAGGCUGUCAUCGCCGAUGAGAUCGGUGGUGGGAACGGCUUGUCGACUUUCCCGACCAGUGUUUACUACGACAUUCCCGUCGUGGACGGUGAUUUGAUGGGUCGUGCGUAUCCUUCUCUGGAGCACGGUACCCCAUAUGUCUAUGGAGAGCCCAUUACUCCAUGUGUCGCGGCAGAUGGCAAGGGCAAUGUGGCAGUUGUGCUGAAAGCGGAAUCAAAUCGGCGAGUUGAGACUAUGCUCCGGUCGCAAUGCGUGGAUCUGGGGCUUAAGAUUGCAGUAGCUUGCACCCCGUUGACAGGCUCGGCGAUCAAGCAAUAUGCCAUUCCGAACACCGUCUCGCAAGCCUGGUACAUUGGUCGUGCCGUUCACCAAGCCCGGCGAUCGAAGACAAACCUAAUCGACGCUAUUUUUGCAACCGCACCCGGCCGCUUAUUAUAUACCGGCAAGAUCAUCGACGUCAAGCGCGAUGUCAGCCGCGGUUACACGAUGGGCCAGUGUACCAUUGCCCCUCUUAGCACUGAAGAACAGGACCCGUCCAGCAUGACAGGCGAUGUGAGCACUUCAAGCCCAGACGACAGCCGCUGCUUGAUAAUCCCAUUCCAGAACGAGUAUCUCUUCGCCGCGUACGCAGACGCGGCUAAUCCGGACGAUACACUUCGCCAUGAAGUAAUAUGCACAGUACCGGAUUUGAUCUCAAUUCUGGGCCAGGACGGCGAAGCAAUUGGCUCUCAGGAGCUUAGAUAUGGUCUGCGUGUCAAUGUGAUCGGUAUGUCGGCGCAUCCGCUCUGGACGGACGAUGAGCGAGGACUGCGCGUGGGUGGACCAGAAGGUUUUGGGUUGGACAUGAAAUGGAAGAGUCUGGGGCCAUAUCAAAAACCGAGGAGUGUAGUGCAUGAGUUUAACCGAGUAACUGUAUAG